AUGAGUUCAGAUGAUGAUGAUGAUGACGAGAAGGAGUCGGGAAACAUCAUAGGGGGUACUAGAGAGGGAGCAGUGGUGGUGAACAUCAAUGAAGAAAUCAAACAUGAACAACAAAAAGAAACUACCCAUAACCAUAAAUUCAUUGAGAAACAAGCUUCUCUCCUCUCAUACUCUGUCCCUUUCUUACAAAAGGUUCCAGCUUAUGUGAUAUCACAAGUGAAGGGAUCGACGGUUACGGCGGCGACUUUGCGGCUGUUGUCCGGACUUGAUCAUGACGUUUGCAGCGGGAAACAUGACGUGUUCGUCCGAACAUUGUCGUCCGAAUCGGAUUUUCAGUCGUUUGUGAUCGAGUUUAUCAUCACUUUCUACCUAAUUUUCGUCAUCUCCGGUGUCGCCACCGACAAUAAAGCGAUUGGAGAACUUGCCGGACUAGCUAUAGGGUCAACGAUGCUAAUUAACCCGAUAAUUGCCGGACCGGUGUCGGGAGCUUCGAUGAAUCCAGGAAGAAGUUUGGGACCUGCAAUUGUAUACAACUGCUACAUAGGAAUUUGGAUCUACACAGCGUCUCCAAUUCUUGGUGCGGUUGCGGGUGCAUGGGUCUAUAACACGGUUAGAUAUACCCAUAAACCGUUGCGAGAGAUUACCAAAAGUGGUUCGUUUUUAAAGACCACGCGAAACGGUAGCUCUCGUUAA